AUGGGUUGUUGCACUGAGCAGGUCGAAGUAAAGAAUGUGCCGCCUCACGGUGUGAUUCCUGCAAGCUCUCGAAAGUGUCGUGAUACCUACUGUGCUUUGUUAUUCGCAAUCUUUUGGAUUGGUAUGAUAGUUAUUGCAGUUGUUGGAUUGAUGCACGGUGAACCCAAACGACUUCUCUAUGGCUCGGACUAUAACGGUACCACGUGUGGUACUGGAAAGCAUAAGGAUAAUCCUUUAACCUUUUACCCUCGUAUCACUCAGGACUUGUUGGAACAAUCAUCAAACCCAUCAUUAUCAUUUAAGGAUUUCUCAUUCUAUGGUCUUUGUGUUGCGAGUUGUCCGAAAUCUGGUACCUACAUUUGCAAUGACGAAAUUGAGGCAGAAAUUCAAAGCGAUUCAUCGCUUUUAACCGACGAAGAAAGAGAAAAGGAACGAAAGAAAAGAGCCUCGAGUCUUUUAGUUUUACCGAGCAAAAAACUUUGUUGGCUCGUAGCCUUGCCAAGCGAGCAAGUGUUUUAUCGUUGUCUUCAAAGUGCCGAAUUAAACACAACGUCCGUGGAGAAGUGUGUGGUUCCAGGAGAUAUGCCAGAGUACUAUGACAAUGUAAAUGGUGUUUUAAUACCAAAUGACAAGUGCGAGGUUAAGCACGUAAUAAAAACGUCUGAAACGGUGCAGCCAGCACAGGAGAAUCCGCUUUACUCGACACUUCAGACGAUUGGUGCCACCAUAGGACGUAUCAUUGGUGACUUGCAGGAUACCUGGCCAGUCUUUCUUCUCUGUGGCGGAGUUUUUGCACUCAUCUUGUCCUUCGUAUAUGUAAUUCUCUUAAGAUUUUGCGCUGGACCCAUUGUGUGGAUCACGAUGUGGAGUUUUGUCGUGCUCUUGUUUCUUUUUGCUUUGAUGCUGAGUACAAAAGGAGGUCUCAUUGGCAAUUCAGAUUUAAAGGCUUUUACUUCAAAGAUUGCCUUAGCUACAGCAACAGCAGGUGUCGAUUCGUCCGAGAUGACCGAUACAACAUUUGUUCUCCCGCAGACGCUUCAAGUUAGCAAAGAUAAGCAGAAAGCAUACGCGGUCGCGGCUUAUGUCACUUACGCAUUGGCAAGCGUUGCGUUCCUACUCGUUUGCUUCUUUCAAAAGAAGAUUCGUCUUGCAGUAGGUAUCGUAAAAGAGGCCUCACGCGCACUGCAGCGGCUGCCUUUUUUGGUGUUGUUCCCGAUAGUUCCAAUUGUGAUGCUCCUUAUUCUGUUUGCAUAUGCAACAAUUGUUGGAGCUUUUAUCUACAGUUCUGGAGAGAUGGAAUUGGCUUCACUGGCUGGAGAACUUGCGGACCAAGCUGGGCAAAGUGUACCUACGAAUGUCACGACAAUUUUGACAAGAGUGAAAUCAGACCAGACAAUGCAGCUGCUGGUAGCGUAUCAUUUUUUUGGCUUCUUAUGGACAGCUCAGCUUAUUAAUGCUAUCAGCAUGUGCACAAUUGCCGGUUCAGUGUGUCGCUACUAUUGGAGUCGUAACAAAACAAGUGACGAAAUGGGUCGCUUUCCUGUUUUAACGUCGUUCAAAAACUGUUUUCGGUACCACUUUGGAUCUCUGGCAUUUGGAGCUUUUAUUAUUGCUGUGGUGCAAUUCAUUCGCGCUGUGCUGUUGUAUAUCGAUCAUCAAACAAAGGACCUCCAAGAAUCAAAUCUUUUUCUUAAAGUCGUAAUGAAAAUUGUGCAAUGCUGCUUGUGGUGUCUGGAAAAGUGUCUUCGCUUUCUUUCGAAAAACGCAUAUAUUUUCAUCGCAAUGAAAGGUCACAGCUUUUGCGUGUCAACUAAAGAUGCAUUUAAGGUCUUACUACUUAACGUUGCACAAGUUGGUGUCGUAUCGACUGUCACCUUUCUACUAUUAGGUGCUGGCAAAGUGGCCAUUGCACUGAGCUGCGCCAUUGUCACGUUUGUCUAUUUAGAGAAAAAUACUGACGAUUAUGGAAUCGGUGGAGCUCACGAAUUGUCGUCGCCUCUGGCUCCAAUUUUAGUGGCAUUUCUUUUAGGAUGGUUUGUGGCUUCUACUUGUCUUGACGUCUACGAAAUGGCAAUCGACACCAUUUUGUUGUGCUUUUGUGAGGACAAAGAGCUCAACAAAGCGACUGGCCAGUACAUUAUGGGGGAAUCGCUAAAAAAGUUUGUCGCCAGUAUUCCCGUCACCAACAAGACAGGCAGUCGCGACUCUCCUAACGUCGACGAAGACAUUAAACCGUAG